AUGCCAAUCCUUACUGCUGAUAUGAGCGGCGACAUGGGCGACCUACUCUUAGGCCCAUCUAGUGGCGAGGAGAAGAAGGAGGCGUCCAGCGUCAAGGUCGAGGAGCCCUCCCUUAACGGCGCCCCUCCCACGGCCAACGUGACCACCGAUUUUCCAACCCCGAAAAAAAUCGUCGACCUAAAGCAAGAGUCCGUCUCGCGAGCUUCGUCUGCUGAAAUAUUCUCUCCCGCCCCGUCGCUGAAGACUACUCCACCUGUUCUGAAAAAAGAAACGGUGCGCAAGCCAGUCGCGAAAAAGCGCAAACUCAACGAUGCCGAUAGCAUUGAUAGCAAUGCGGGAUCCCGUCGAAAUUCAGCAACGCCCACAUCCGCGCGCGCCAAAUCCUCCACCCAGCGAAACUUGAAGCAGCCCUCUGUUUCGGUUGCCGGAUCGCCGGCACCCGAGCCGAAACGCCGCGGCAGACCUCGAAAGCACAAUAAGGAUGUGGAUGGUGAGGAUGUGGACCCGUCAGAGCUAUUUUGCAUCUGUCGUAAGCCUGACAACCAUACGUGGAUGAUUGCCUGCGAUGGCGGCUGUGAAGAUUGGUUCCAUGGAAAAUGCGUCAAUAUGAAGCAGGCUGACGCUGAUCUUAUUGAUAAAUAUAUUUGUCCCAAUUGUGAGGAGAAACAAGGUAUCCGCACUACAUGGAAACGAAUGUGUAGGCUCCCCGGUUGUCGUAAACCUGCACGGGUAUUAAUGAAACCCCCAAGCAAAUACUGUUCAGACGACCAUGGUUUGGAGUUUAUGAUGCGUAAAAUCAACGCAGAUGUACGUCGUUCUGUUUCCGCUGUCCGCGACCUGGAUCCUACAAGCCGUGCCUCAUCCGCUCCGACGAACAAAGGCCGCCUACUAGAUUUUGAUCGUGUCUCUAUAGACAGGGGAACACUGCACUCUAACGAAGCGGAAGACGCAGAUGAAGAAUAUCAGGAUACAGAAACUAAAGCUGAAGGAAUCGGAGAACACUGCAAAGGAGGGAUACUCACACCGGAAGAAGUGAAAGCGAUGGCAGACGGAGUAAGUUCUGCAGAGGAGUUCCGAAAUCUAGGAAACAAUCUCCUUUCAGCCGAAGCGCAGGAACUCGAUUCGCUCCGUAAGAUUGCUGAGUCAUUCCGCUCGAGAAACGAAGAACCCAACGAAGAUAUCGACCUUGAUGCUCUUUCCGACAAGAUAGACUGGACCCCAGAAGAGAGAAGGCAAAUGGGCAUCCUCAAAAAACAAAAGGAUUCGUUAGUAAAGCGUUCAAAUAUCCUUCGUGACCGUGAUAAGUUUAUCAAUCUGGUGCGUCAGCAUGGGAGGACCGCCUUGGAGCGUUUACGACAAAUUGAUGCCAAAGGCUGGAAAGACAUCUGCGGGUUUGACAACCGACUAUCUUGGUCUGAUGAAGAAUUCGACGAUUGGAGACAAUCUGAAGCUGGCCAAACGGCACUGAAAGACGGCGACCUUUAUCCAGAUCAGCCAACGGAUGAUUCUGGUGAUACGGCCAUGACCGGUGUCGCUGAAGCUAGUGAUCUUGAUAAAAUCAUUAAAGGCGUGUGUAGCAAAAAGCGAUGUGAACAGCAUAGGCAGUGGAUCAAGGUCCAGCAACAAGACAUGCUCUUUGAGCAGUCAAUGCUGAGGAGCCAGCUCGCGAAGUGUGAGAAAAGCGCUACUGAGGUUAUCGAGGGCAUUGUUUUAAGGGCGUAUGGAGAUCGUGAUAACAGCAUGGGCGGUAAGGACUGA